CCUAAGUUGCUUUGGUUUGCACAGAACGCGACAGAAUGCGCGCAAGGCUAUUCCAGUCCUUGGCCAUACAGGUCGCUGAGGAAGGCCUUUUAACCACUGCCCUGAGCGGCUACGCUUGCCGGGCUUUCAGUGCAAAUGGUGUCACAAAAUUUGGCUUUCAGUGCUCAUCGGUGUCGACAUCAGCAGCGUCUCACGAAGCCUCUUCGAGCCGUGGAUCAGGAGACCAGGGGCGAGUAACUGGUGGCAGGCAGGAGCGCGCCGGGAGGCAAGCGCCCACCGGUUCUGAUGGACCGCAGCGUGCCGAUCGAGCGAAGCAGGGCUACGCGGAUGGAGGCAAGAGUCGCUCGCUGUUUAGGCGAGACAACAAUCCCGACUCAGGGUCUCGCGGCGGUGAUGGGCAGCGCGGUGGUGGCAAGGGUGCCGGUACUGGUAGCGGAUACUCGGGUGGCAGCAGUGGGCAGCGCGGCGGCCCAUGGCAGCAGCAGCAAGGCGGGCGCCAGCACGACCGCCGUGGCGACGACCGCCGUGGUGGGGGCGGAGGCGGCGGGCCGCCGCCCAUGCUCCGCGACGGCCGGGACGGCCGGGACGGGCGCGGCGGCGGCGGCCGGCCGCCCUUCGCUCCCUCCGGCCCCGGCUCCGGCUCCCGCGCGCCCCGCGCCGCCCGCUGGGACGCCCUGGACGUGGCCGCCUCCAACGCGCCUCAGCGGCUGCUGCAGCUGGUGGGCGACCCGCGCAGCGGUGUGGCGGACGACACGUCCUCGCCCGCCUUCGGCGAGGUGACUGUGGAGCUGCUGCACCACCAGCCCAGCAAUGAGGUGUACUGGUACAAGUACGCCUUCGCGGGCGGCCAGCCGGGCGGGCGCGGCGGGCACCGCGACGGGCGGCUGUCGGACUACAGCCGCAACCUGGCCUACGUGCUGAGGGCCAAGGACCCGGCCAGGUGGAGUGUGGAGGCGCUGGCGGACAAGUUCCGGGUGCGGCCGCAGCGCAUGCUGGCGGCACUGGCGCUCAAGGAGCUGGAGGCUCAGCGGCUGGAGUCUGGUGCUCUGCUGCGCGGCCCGCUGUCCGCCUACAGCCUGCGGGUGUCGCUGGCGGACGUGCACCUGGACAAGGCCAGUGGGGCGCCCCGGCUGCGGCCCGCCUCGGCGCCGCCGGCGGCCUCCAGGGAGCUGCUGCUGGGGCGCAUGCUGCCGAGGGUCGUGUCUGCGACGCAGCGCACGCAGGCGGCGCUGCUGUCCGCGCUGCGGCCCCACGGCUUCGACGCGGCGGCCCUGCGCGCGGCGCUGCAGGCGGACGUAGCGGCGGUGGAGGCGGCGGCAGGGGAGCUGGACGCGGCGGCGGCGGCAGCAGGGGGCGAGGGGGCUGAGGGGGGCACGGCGGCGGGCGGCGUGUCAGCUUACCUGGCACCAGAGCUGGCGGCAUGCCGGGCGGCGGUGGAGGCGGUGGCGGCGGCGGUGGAGGUGGUCGUGAACGCGUCACCGCUGCUGCAGGAGGAGCGCCAGGCCGCGGCGCUGAGGGCCCGGGUGGAGGCGGCGCUGCAGGCGGGGGCUGGGCAGGCGCCGGCAGCGGCAGCAGCAGUAGCAGGGACAGGAGCGGGGGCAGGCGGCGGUGCAGAUGGCAAUAGCAAGGACGCGGUGCCAGCUGCUGCUGCUGCUGCCGCCACUUCGCCGGGGGGCGGUGAGGCCCUAGAGGUGCUGUUGCAGCCGCUCACGCAGGACGGCUCGGGUGCCCCGCUGCAGCGCUUCCUGUUCAGCCUUCCGCCGCCCAUCCGCGUCGCGCUGCUGCGGCAGCUGCCCCGACUGGCGGCGCAGCUGGCGGCGGCGGGCGUGGACCUGCAGCGGGCCGGACGGGACGCUGCCUACAGAGGGCCGCUGGCACCAGCCGCACCCGCGGCGACGCCCGCCGGGAGCAAGCAGCAACAGCAGCAGCGCCAGAAGCAGGGCGGCGCUGCGGCGAGCACCCGUAGCGGCAAGCUGCCGCGGCUGACAGUGGACGUGCUCGGGUUUGUGCCGGUGUCGGAGGCGCAGGCGGAGGCGCUGGCGGCAGCUGUGGAGUCCGCGGCGGCUGCGGAGGCAGCACUGGUCGCGAAGCUGGAGGCACUGCAGGUGGCGGCGGGCGCGGCCCCAGCCCCGGCCGCAGGGGCAGCGGCGGCCGCGGCGGCGGCGGCGGCGACGGCGCCGUCCGCGGCGGAGCUACGUGAUGCCCGGUCGCUCUUGCGGCAGUACCUGAGCACGCACAGCAUGUGGGGCGAGCUGAGGCUGGCGGCGCGGAAGGCGGCGGGGCACAGCCCCGACACCAGGGGCAAGCGCCGCAAGCUGGAGGUGAUGGCGGAGGCGGACCCCGCGGCGCUCACCCGGGCGCUGCAAGUGGAGGCGCACACACAGCUGCGCCGCAGCCACGACCGCGCCGCAGCAGAGUCUCUCAAGGCUGGAGUCGCCGCCGCCGCCGCCACGGAGGCAGCCGCCGCUGCAGCUGCCUCCGGCUCGGAGGCAGCCGCCAAGCCGCCCACGCCGCUGUCAGACCCUGCGGGCUGGGACGCGCUGGCGGCGUGGCUGGAUGCGGAGGUGGCGGGGCGCGUGUACGCACGUGGCAGUGGCGAGCGCCUGGUGGUUCGGCUACCCACCUACCCCGCAUUCGAGGGCUACCCCCUGUCUGAGCUGGACAAGGCUCGUGAGGGCGAGCUGGGCGCUCUGAACCGUCUGGUGGCGGCGCGCACGGCGGCGGCGCAGUGGGCGGCCUUCAGGCGCGACCUGCUGUUCAACCUGGGCGUGCGCGGCGAGAAGCUGCGUGACAACGACCUCCCGGGCGCCCCCGCCUGGCCCGCCAACCUGCGCACCGAGCUGACGCGGCCGGUGGUCGUGUACGGCAUCGGGCCGGACGGCGCCACGCAGUACCCGCCCGUGUACGUGGCGGCGGGCGACGGCGCCAAGCGGCCGCUCAACGAGCAGGAGAAGGUGUACCAGGAGCGGCGGCUGCCGGGCCCGCGGCUGCCCUACCACAUGGGCCGCAUCCGCACAUUGCCCGAGCUCAACUAGGGUUGGCGGGGCAUCUGGGUGAGGGCGGCCUCAGGGCGGGAUACGGGUAGCUGAACGGGGAGCCGGAUCUACCUCACGAUUUCGGACCUAGGAGGGCUAGCGGGCGUAGGGUGUGGUAGCUGAUAAAGCGCCAAGUAACGGCCUGCUUCAGGCGCGGCCGCAACAGCGGUAGGGCCUAGCUCUUGCAAGGGCCUCGGCGAACUCAGUGAAGUCGCCGGGACCAGUAGGUCAGUGGGGCGACAGGGUUCCAGACGGUGCAGUCAAGUUGCUGGGAGCCAAGCAAUCGGUGCUGGGUACUGAUGAGGGCUGAAGGCUGCCCACUGGAGGGGCGGUCAGGCGCUGAAGGGUGCUGCCAGGGUAGCCUGACGCGCGAAUAUGGACCUCGGGACGAGGAGCAGCAGGAUUACGGUAGAUCAUGAGCAUGCCAGAGCUUACCUAGCACACAAGUUGUGGGUUGCAGUAGGUGCAGCUGCUGCAGCUGUAGGGCCUAGCUAGGGGAAGGUCGUGGCCUGGACACACGCGAUGAUGUCGCGGCCUCGCGGGGACCAUUAGGUUACAGGGAAGGCGUGUGGAUAGCUCUGCCAACAUGCUUGCUGUCAACCACAUGUGCGCGUCCGCCGCGUCGGGAGAGAAGCAGCUCCCUGCAUCACUGGAUGCUGACGGGGUCUGAAGGCUGGCCAGCAGGGCGGGGCGCUCAGGCGCUGCCAAGUGCCAACGCGUAAGGGGAAAGCUGUGUAAGAGCGAGGAGAG